UGUUACAAUAAUAAGUGCUAAACCUUUCUUCAGACUUAUAUAAUCUUAGGUUUCUCACCGAACGAGGUCCCCUUCCAGCUCUGAUUGACCACUUCCAGUAUAGGGCUUGUUUUCCUUCGCUACCAUUCCUGGCUAAGCGAGGCUUAACCGAAGGAGAAGACAUGGCUUCGCCACUUUUGACUCGUUAGGGAAGCUUUCUCCCCGGCAAGCAAGUCUCCCCUUGAAGGGUAAGACCUCUCAAUGAUAGCCCCUUCAACACAAGCUUAAUUCCCUUUCUAUGCCCAUGGAUGUGUACAGAAAAGAUGAGUUUUUGAACGAUAGCAGGUACCUUUAGCAGAAGUAGACCGGCACGAACCAAGCAAGAAGGAAUGAAGUCAGGGAAAACCCUUUCUUUUCACCAAGCAAGGAGCUAACUCGCAAAGUAGGUAUCCUCUGAAGUGGAAUAAGUAGGUGCUGCUCGAAGAGGAAAGAAAGAGAAGUUGUUAUGCCGAUUGUAGGACGAGAUCGAGAACGACGGAUCGAGACACCUAUCUAAAAGCGGGGAAUGGUUUCUUCCGGCCUCGUGCCAUCUCAUAGACAGGAACCAAGGGGCCAGAGAUAGCUAUCCAGCAAUGGACAGUCUCUUUCCGAAAUUAGCUUACUUCUAGUGAUUCUUACAUGGGGGCUACAUCCUUUUAUCAUUAUAAAAAUAAGAAAGUUCGAUCCAUUAGGUUCUUCGAUUUGUCUUAUACCUUUGGCACCCUUGGUUAAAAGGGGCAGAUAAAUAGUUUAGGCGAAAUAGAAUCAAGUCUCCUUACUAGGUGAAGCUACAACAGAUAAAUUAGAGGAAAUCCAUUCCAUUCAAAAGAAGGGGAGCAAGACGGGCACUUGGUUGCCACCUUAUUCGAUUUGCCUGGAAAGGCUUUUCCAUUUCUUUCCCAGCUGGAUAACCUGAAUAUGAGUUACCCAUAUGCCCACCUGUUCUUUAAGUGCCUUCCUCUCAUCUGCCUGUAACGAGAGCGUAAGCCGCAAUUGAAGUUCGUACUUAUUUAAUUUAGGACGAGAAAGACAUAUUACUAGCUUUUGACCUAGAAGCUGACAGAUGGAUUGGCCUUGCCUACUUCAAUGACAAUGCCUGGUAAACAUGUAGAAAAGACAGUUUAGAAGGCCUUUAGGGGCGUCAUCCAACUCGAAAUCUCGUAAGAGAAGAAAAAGACGCCCAAAAGUCCCAUGUCUUUCUUGGUUGGACCAAGCGAUUUCCGACAUCUUCAUUUUUAGAGCAAGAAGCGGAACUACAAGAAAGCUUUCUUUAUCUUUAUUUAUGGAUAACCAAUCUUUUUUCAAAUAUAGUUGGGAGACUCUCCCCAAGAAAUGGGUCAAAAAAAUGGAAAGAUCGGAACAUGGUAAUAGAUCUGAUACCAAUUCGGAUUACCUAUUUCAAUUGUUGUGCUUUCUUAAAUUUCAUACCUAUACAAGGGUUCAAGUUUUGAUCGAUAUUUGCGGAGUUGAUUAUCCCUCUCGAAAACGAAGAUUUGAAGUGGUCUAUAAUUUACUUAGUACUCGGUAUAACUCACGCAUUCGUGUACAAACCAGUGCAGACGAAGUAACACGAAUAUUUCCGGUAGUCAGUCUAUUUCCAUCAGCCGGCCGGUGGGAGCGAGAAGUUUGGGAUAUGUUUGGUGUUUCUUUCAUCAAUCAUCCGGAUCUACGCCGUAUAUUAACAGAUUAUGGUUUCGAGGGUCAUCCAUUACGAAAAGACCUUCCUCUGAGUGGAUAUGUGGAAGUACGCUAUGAUGAUCCAGAGAAACGUGUAGUUUUUGAACCCAUUGAGAUGACCCAAGAAUUUCGCUAUUUCGAUUUUGCUAGUCCUUGGGAACAGCGUAGCGACGGAUAAUUCAGAAUCUGAAUAGGUCCAGUCCAGUGUCGGACAAAUCAAUAGGAAAUGCUAUUUGCUUUGUAAGAAUUAACUUCACUUCAUUGAAAGAGUUUCACGGGAGUCUGAUAUCAUUGAUAAAUUGGAAGAAGUGUUAUCGAACGAUUUCCUGCAAUUAUUCCCAGUAUGGAAUGAGUAAAGAAUCAAGCUACAAGUCUCGAUCUAUACAAAAGGGUUUUUGUCUUUUUUUUUUUGUUUCAUUGAUAGCAGAAGAGCCUUACUCUAUAGGGGCGCUAGCGCUUUACUAAUAGAAUAUCAAGUAAAGGGGCCUGAAAAACGUAAGAUAAGAGGCUGCUACUCUAGGCUCGCUUCGCUUCUUCGACGCUCCGCCCCUUAGACUAAAGCGCUAACGCGCCUUAUAUUUUCUAGUAAAGCAACCUUUCGCACUAGGCGCUCACGUUUUUUGUCUGGGUGGAAGCUGGCGGUAUUUUCCAUUAAGUAAGCUUGCCGCAUACACAGAAUUGGGAUCUCUCUUGCAUGCAACUAUUUCUAGCGGGAAUGGGCGGAACCGAGCGGGCUGAUUAUUUCUAAAUUAAAUAACCCUUUUUUUUUCUCAUAUCUCAUAUAAGUAAGCGUUGGUUGGUAGGAGCGGCGGGAUGAUGAUGAGUAUAUAAACAAAAAAGACCAAAAAGAAGAAAUGGCAAGAGACAUUUUAUUUCGAUAGAGGAAAUAACCAUGUGGAAAACAGGGCAGGUAUUCUCUACAAUGACACCCGUAGACCAAUUGAAAGGGAUGUAGCGCAGCUUGGCCCUUGUUUUGGGUACAAAAUGUCACGGGUUCCAAUCCCGUCAUCCCUACCCUUCUCCUCUGGGCAGUAACGAGGAAUCCAUUAAGAUCAAUUCAAAUUGGACAUAAAAAAUCUUUUAUUUAAUGAGACUAUAUGCAUACAAAUUUUGGGUAAGUAAGAAAAUCAUCCUUUUUUCUGUACAGUCGUAUCUACUGUGAUGUGAUAAGAAAA